AAUUCAAACCCGAGUUUGUCUCGCAAGCAACGCGCUAUUUUCUUCCACACGCGAAAUCUCUUCCUUCCAGAAAACCCCUCUCUCAUUCCUAAAACCCCCCCAACGAAUCUCUUACAACCCCACAAUUCAUUCACUCGCUUAGGAGAAACCGAUGGCGAAAUCGAGCUCCGCGAAAUCGGCUGCCAUCGUUUUUGGAGCCUUGGCUUGCGGCUGGCUGGCGAUAGAGCUCGCGCUCAAGCCAUGGCUCGUGAAGGCCCGAUCCGCCAUGGAUAAAUCCGACCCGGAUCGCGACCCUGAUGACGCCGACAACAAGCCGUCCGAUGAUGGUGAUGCGAAGAGAGACGAUGAGUAGGAGGUUCCAUGUUACUCUUUAGCAUCCUUCUCCUCAUUAAUCAUAAUCAUUGAAUAUUACAACUGUUGUUUCUUUAUUAUAUGGAUCUUUUUCUUCCCAGACAUUUUUGGUGUUGGUAGCUGAUGUAUGAUGAAAUUUCAUUGCAAUCAUGUCUGAAUGAAUCAAACGACAUUUAUCUUUUC